AGAAUUCAAUAAAUAAGUUGUUUAGAUUGAAUAAAGUGCCGGGCGUCAUAGAUGAUAUUUUGCAAAAAUCAGUAUGCGCACCGCCGGUUAUUGCAUGGAAUUCUUCAAUAAUAAUUAUAAAAAUGUAGUAAGAAUGUGUGCAACCUCCAAUAAUUUUCAAGGUGAAUGGAACCUAACGACAACUCCGUGCAUAGUGAAUAGUACAAAAGAGGAUCUCAUCGAGCAAUUUAAGCGCAAUUGGCAAGUCAAAGUGUGGAUAAAUCGGGGAUUUUUCACCGAAGGUUAUAUUUACGACAUCAACGUGCACUGGCUUCAAUUUAAACCGCCGGACUCGAGCAAGUUUUACAUCUUGGGCGCGCUGUAUUUGGUGAUAAUGGUGUUUGGGAUGGUCGGUAACGGUCUGGUCAUAUUUCUCUUUUGUAGGUGUAAAAGUUUAAGAACCUUAGCCAAUACCUUGGUAGUGAAUCUAGCGGUCAGUGACUGUUUGAUCUUACUGAAAAUGCCGGUUUUCAUAUACAACUGCUACUACCAAGGGCCCGUCCUAGGCGAUUUCGCUUGUAGGUUGUAUGGGUUUAUAGGUGGUCUAAGUGGGACGGCCUCAAUUGGUUCACUUACGGCGAUAUCCUUUGACCGAUAUUACGUUAUAAGAUAUCCGCUGAAAAGGUAUUCUAAGGGAAGGAUUUAUGUGUGCCUAGUUUUCUCCUGGAUAUAUGCCCUGAUAUUCUCACUGAUUCCGUUCCUGGAUAUUGGGUUUGGCAAGUACCAAUACGAGGGAUACCUAAUUAGUUGCAGUUUCGAUUAUUUGUCGGAGGAUGAAGCGGAAAGGGCCUUUAUUUUGGUGUUUUUCGUUGGUGCGUUUGUGGUUCCUGUGCUCGCCAUCGGGUUCAGCUACUAUAAAAUCCUUCAAGUAGUUGGGAGUAGAUCAGAGGCGGUUUCUGGAAAGAAAGAUUCGUUUAGACAUGUGGAAGCACAAGACAAACGCAAACAAGAAACCAAACUGGCCCUAAUAGUCCUCGUAGUGAUAUUCCUGUGGUUCUUCUCGUGGUCUCCAUACGCCACCGUAUCGCUCCUCGGGAUAUUUGGCCAAAAACACCUCAUCACGCCAUUAUCCUCGAUGAUUCCGGCUCUGUUUUGUAAAUCCACCAGCGCCAUCGACCCUUACGUCUAUGCCAUUUCGCAUCCGAAGUUCCGAGAGGAAAUCCGGAAGUUACUCGGCUUAAAUAAACCGAAAAAGGGAAACUUGAAAAAGACCGAAAUGAAACAAAGAAUCUGGACUACGGAGAAGUUUUCCAAGUCAUCCAAGUCACUUGUAUCCACUGGUUCGACUUUCGCCGAAGACAACGACGACGUAGAGGAGUUGAGCAUCGAACUUGACUUGCACGAUAUCGAUCUGGCCGUAUACGCGUAUCACAGUAACGUGGAAACGGAGGAGGAUCGAUUGAAGCAACGGGAGUUGAUCAGAGAGGCUUCCAGGGCCAACUUGUUUCGAUUGAAUUCCGGCGUUUAUGCUAAAAAAACUUCAAAAAGUCGAUUUCAACAUUUGUCCAAGGGGUUCUCUGGUCGACAAACGCAUGUCGAGGAAACUAUGCAUUAGUUGCUUAAAUGUAUUUAUUAUUAGGUUAAGCAGACGAAUAAAUUGUGAUUAUGA